AUGUUUACUGUUAUGGAUGAAGUUUUGGCUGCUGCCCACCAGUUGAAGUCACGAGAUUCAGAAGCUCUGUAUGAACCUUCUUUAAAAGGUUGCAAUGUGGAACCGGGCUGUAUCUACUAUCAUGUUUCAGUUAUUGGUUCCUUACAAUAUGAGAAUUCGGACCAUGUUCUAUCACCUACUUGGUCUACAAGAGUCUUUUCACCUUCUGGUGUUCCUGACAUUCAGUGGAGACCUGAAAGUUCCUUCCAAACUCAGCAUGAAUACACUUGUACAUUAAAUUCCAAUAAGUACAACAACAACGAAGCGGCACCCUUCCUGGAAUGCCACCUAUUUCUUGAGGAACUUAUAAGCAAUUUUCAACACAGCAAAACUCUCUUCUACAACAGCUCAAGUGGAUGGGGUGGGGCACCGCCAGCAAGUCCCAACACUGCCACGUCAGCACAACAACAAAAUCUAAUCCAAUUACAGUCAAGUCAACAAAUGUCAACCAGUUCUAAAGAUAGUGCAAAUAACAAUUCAAAAGUCGAUGACAUUGAACAACAACAACAACAAAUACACCAACAAAGCGUUACAUCUGAUGACUCAAUACCUGAUCCUGCACAAUCUCCUAUCCUUAACAAGAACACUUCCAAUGAAGAAGAUUCAAACGUCUCAUAUGCAUUAGACAUGCAGCAGGGAUUUGGGACUAUAACAGAAGCAGCACAAAGCACACGCGAUGUUGACCUAUCACCUGGUCAGCCAUUACAAUCAAACCAGUCGGUUAGCCUGGGUGUGAUUGGUAGAAGAAUCCUGACUUGGGUGCAAUUGGAGACAACGUUAGUGGAUGAUCUGCUGAUGGGGAGAUCCUCGGUUGAUUCAACAAGUGGUUUUCAGGAUGAUCCACAAGAAAGGUGGCAUAUUGAGUUCCAACCAUGGAACUCCUAA